AUGCAAGAUUGUAAAGCAGUGUCUACUCCAUUCCAACAAAAUGUUAAGCUUUCUAGUGAUAGUGAUGCUACAGAUUUCAAUGGGACCGUGUAUAGACAAAUGGUGGGAAGUUUGAACUACUUGACCACUACAAGGCCAGAUAUUGCAUAUUCAAUCAACAUACUUACUCAAUUCAUGGCUAAGCCUCUUGAGUCUCAUUGGAAAGCUGCAAAGAGAGUUCUACGAUACCUACAGGGUACCAUAGAUUUUGGUAUUGUAUAUACUAACCAUUUGAAUGUUGAGUUGACAGGCUAUUCAAAUUCUGAUUGGGCAGGUGAUCCAGAUGAUUGUAAAUCAACAACUGGUUAUGCAUUCAGUAUAGGAUCUGGUGUUGUUUCUUGGAGCAACAAGAAGCAAUCAACUAUUUCUUUGUCAUCUACUGAAGCUGAGUACAAAGCAUUGUGCAAUGCUACUUUUCAAGCUAUUUGGCUAAAGAGCCUUCUUGAAGAUAUGGGAUAA